AUCAUCUUGGUUCGGAACUCAGUCUCCAAAGCUUUAUAGACAGAGGAGAACGAUUUGGUAAUAACUAAUAACCCAGUUUCUCACCAUCACUGGCAUUUGAGAAUGCCUUCUCGGUCGUCUGGUAAUCCUAUGAAUUCUCACCACAGAAACCCCAGUUACAGGGGUGGUUUCUCUGGGGGAGGCCACCCUCAUCAUCCCCACCAGUCUUACAACGGUCCCCCGAAUUAUCCACCUAGCGGUGGCGGAUUCCGGUCCAUUGGCGGCGGCGUGGGCGGCUUUGGUUCGAUGUCUCACGCUGGGCAGAAACGUGGGUUUCAUUCUACUGGUCGAGGAGGCUCUCCAGAUAAUACUGAUGCUGGUGGUUAUGCUAAACUUUAUGUUGGAGCUGUUCCAAGGACAGCUACUGAAGAAGAUAUUCGCCCCCUAUUUGAGAAGUAUGGGAAUGUCAUUGAGGUUGCUUUGAUCAAGGACAGGAGAACGGGACAACAACAUGGAUGUUGUUUCAUAAAAUAUGCAACUUCAGAGGAAGCUGACAGGGCCAUUAGAGCUUUGCACAAUCAAUAUACUCUGCCUGGGGGAAUUGGUCCAAUUCAAGUUAAAUAUGCUGAUGGUGAACGGGAACGUCUUGGUGCAGCUGAGUACAAGUUGUUUGUUGGUUCUCUGAACAGACAAGCUACAGAAAAGGAAAUUGAGGAGAUCUUUUCACCGUAUGGUUGUGUGGAAGAUAUCUACAUUAUGCGUGAUGAAAAGAAACAAAGUCGAGGAUGUGGAUUCGUUAAAUUUUCUCAUAGAGACAUGGCAGCAGCUGCUAUGAAUGGUCUCAAUGGAAUCUAUGUCAUGAGAGGUUGCAAUCAGCCAUUAAUUGUUCGUUUUGCUGACCCAAAGAGGCCUAGGGCUGGAGAAUCAAGGAGUGGUCCAACAUUUGGAGGUACUGGUUUUGGCCCCCGGUCUCAGGGACCCUUGGGAGUUAGGCCUGAACCCAAUCAUGUUGAACCAAUGGGGGGCAAUAUUCCUCCCGAUGCUUGGCAGCCAAUGAGUCCACGGAACUUGGGACCAUCUCAAAAUAAUCCUCAGGGUUUUGGGAGUCCAAUGGUUGCUAUGGGUAGAGUUAUGGCAAUGCCUUCAUCCACGGCUGGACCUUUGGGAACCAGUGGUGGUCCUGCAAAUGAUUCUCUUCCAGGUCUCUCAGUUCGACCCCCUUCAACUUCCCAACAGAGUUUUAACCCACCUGUGUCACAAGUCCAAUCUGUUGGUCAGCAAGUAUCAUCGUUACAGAAGCCACUUCAGUCACCCCAUCAUUUGCCGUCCUCACUUCCCCCUCAACAAAUCCCUGCACACACUUCCUUUCAAUCAAUUCAACCACGUGGUCAGGUGCAACAGUGUACGAGUGGUCAGCUGCCUCAAGUUCAGGGCAACACCUCCUCUGCUGCACCACAGCAAAUGCCUACAGUACAAACACAAGCUGUGUCUGCUGCUGCAAACCAACAAUUUCCAUCUGCCCCAACUGUACCGCAACAGAUGAUUCAACCUCAACAGCAGGCAUCAACUCAUUUAGGUCAGAUGUUGUCUCAACAAACUCAAGUGCUAUACACGAAUUUUCAGUCAUCACAGCCAGCAUUCUCUCAGCUGCAACAGCCGUUGCAUGUGAUGCAACCUUCUAGUCAAAAUUUGACUCAGCAGCAAGCUUCCCAGGCUACUAAACAACAGCCUUUAUGGACUGGAAUCAUGCCACAGAUGGCUGCCGGUGCUCCUGCAACUGCAUCAGAUGCAGUUGUGCCAUCAACUACAUCUAGUUCUCCUUUGGUUCCUGCAAGUACGCAGGCAGCAGCUCUACUGACUUGUAACUGGACAGAGCAUCCCUCACCUGAAGGAUACAUGUACUAUUAUAACAGUGUAACUGGUGAAAGCAGGUGGGAGAAGCCAGAAGAGUUCAUCUCGUUCGAGCAACAACAGAAACUGAAACAGCAACAUACGUCUUCUCUUCAAAAGCUUCAUUCUCACCCACAAGUUCAGGCACAUCCGCAGGUUCUUUCUGUACAAGUUGCACAAACACCGCAGAUGCAACACCAAACACAGCUCCUGCAUCAGCAGCAGUUACAGCAACCUUCUUUGUCUUCAUCGGCUCUUCAUGGUAUGACCGGUCAACAGAGUGUUCAGGGACCGGUUUAUACCCAAUUGCAGGCAGCACCCAGUUCAGUUAUUGAUCCUGCUCACUUCCAACAGGGGUUUCAGGUGGCUCAGGAUUGGAUGUGGAACAACAAGCCUGCAGGAACAUAAAAGUGGGAGGGUGAGAAUGUGAGAUUAAGGAUACAUACUGGCUGACAAGUACGGCCCAAAUUGCCAAUGGAGCAGCCCUGCAGUAUCAGGCUCAGUUUGUGAUUCGAAGCCUGAAAGGGUAUAUAUCUUUGUGACAUGAAUGAUAUACUUUUCUCGAGUAUUUGUGAGGAAAAUAUUAUUUUUUGUUUACUGUAGUCUUUAUACAUAGGUUUUAGCAUCUCGCACAUUCAUACUUUUAG